CUCGUCGUUUUUACUUUCUCAGUUGGUCGGGCGACAGGCCAAUAAGCAGCCACGUCAUUAUGUAAAAAAUACUAUAUCCACGUGUCAUCCUCUUGGGCUGUCCAAAUCUCCCCAUUUUCCUGCUCGCUUUCUCAUGGCCUUUCUCUCCCGUCCUUCAUUGCAGAAAUUAAUCAGCAGUAACAUACACAAUCCAUCAAAACCCACUGAUCCAAUCCAAAUCACUCGCACAAAUCUCUCCCGUAUCAUGAAUUCCACUUCUUCUUCUUCAUCAUCAUCUUCCCUGACCUUCCAAGUUCCAGCUGCUUCGGAUCAUGAAAUGGAGCGCAUUGUAGCCCAGACCUUUGAGAAUUACUCUACAAAAACCCUUAAGAAGAAAGGAAACAAAGGAACUACGGCCAUUGUUUGGUUCCGAAACGAUUUAAGAAUAUUAGACAAUGAAUGUUUGGUUCAAGCUUGGAUUUCCUCUGAGUACGUUUUGCCUGUGUAUUGCGUCGAUCCUCGACUUUUUCAGACUACUCACCAGUUUGCCUUCCCUAAAACUGGAGCAUUGAGAGCGCAAUUUAUAAUGGAGUGUUUGGCUGACUUGAAGAAAAAUUUGAUGAAGAGAGGACUCAACCUCUUGAUUAGACAUGGAAAACCUGAGGAUGUCAUUCCGUCUCUGGCUCAAGCUUUUGCAGCCCACGCGGUGUAUGCCCAAAAAGAAACUUGCAGUGAAGAGCUAAAUGUUGAGAAAUUACUAAGUAAAGCUCUGUACCAAGUAAAGCUGCCUCCUUCUCCUAAUCAGAGCAACAAGGGAUCUACAAGCAUUACUCCUAAGCUACAUCUUGUUUGGGGUACUACUAUGUACCAUAUUGAUGACCUUCCUUUUAGUGCCACCAAUUUACCCGAUCUUUAUACUCAAUUUCGUAAGUCUGUUGAAGCGAAAUGUGCCAUCAGAGGCUGUGUUAAAAUUCCUACAUCUCUUGCACCACCACCGCCUACUGUUGACGACUGGGGAUGUGUUCCAUCAGUCGAUCAGCUUGGGCUUCAACCACAACAGGUUGACAAAGGAAUGAAGUUUCUGGGAGGUGAAAGUGCUGCACUGAGCAGGGUGUAUGAAUACUUCUGGAAAAAGGAUUUGCUAAAAAAUUAUAAAGAGACAAGAAACGGGAUGUUGGGGCCUGAUUAUUCUACUAAAUUCUCUCCAUGGAUGGCUUCAGGAAGCCUUUCGCUUCGUUUCAUACAUGAAGAGGUGAAAAGAUACGAAAAGGAAAGGCAAGCCAAUGAUUCCACAUACUGGGUGUUGUUUGAAUUGACUUGGCGGGAUCACUUUAGGUUUCUCUCAAUCAAGUAUGGAAAUUUGCUUUUCCAUUUAGGUGGCCCAAGGAAACUGGAGCAUGAAUGGAGUCAAGACCAGAGAUUGUUUGAAUCUUGGAGAGAUGGGUGCACGGGGUACCCUCUAAUAGAUGCUAACAUGAAGGAACUUUCCACCACCGGAUUCAUGUCAAAUCGAGGACGACAGAUCGUAUGUUCAUUUCUUGUUCGAGAUAUGGGGAUUGACUGGCGUAUGGGAGCUGAAUGGUUCGAGUCAUGCCUCCUGGAUUAUGACCCCUGUUCUAAUUACGGGAAUUGGACCUAUGGUGCAGGAGUCGGGACUGAUCCUAGGGAAGAUCGUUAUUUCAGUAUCCCUAAGCAAGCACAAAAUUAUGAUCCUGAAGGGGAGUAUGUGGCAUACUGGUUGCCGCAGCUGAAAAAACUAGAGAAAGAUAAGAGGCAUAUUCCUGGAAAAACAUACAUUGAGCAAAUUGUGCCGCUGAAAUAUGGGAACUUUAGGCAAAACAACUACGGUGGCAGACAGAGAAAAGGAUUCAAGACCAACAGAUUUUAAAAGUGGCUGAGUUGAUUAUUGCUGCAUCUCUCUCUGUCGCUGAGAUGGGCAAGUGCUUAAGACCUUGUAAGCAGUCGGUCUCAGGACAUGAUAAAAAAAACAAAGUAAAACAAUUAUCAUCUCCAUUCAAUGGCAUUCUUGUUCUGUCUUGACCAAA